GUGCAAUCAGAGUAACUGCUCCUAAGCACAUCUGCAAGAACACUGGGUGAAGCUUUUAUCACAGCACAUCAAAGCUCAAGGAGAUUGGAGUGGUUCUGAUAGGGUAUGCACCCUAUAAAGUCCUGCAUUCCUAACUGCGAAUGCUCUAGAUGAGACACCACCUUUGGAUGGGAUAACCAAACUGCCUUUCUACACAUUCUUGGGGAUGAGACUCUGCCAUCCCAGCUCUGCAGAAUGUGUUGCUGCGAACAUUCUUGUCCCCCUUCUUCCAAGAACAGGGCAGAACCCCACCCACAGGCUUGAGUGGAGCAAAGGAGGACUAGGUGCCUUUGCACUCCGUCUCUAUACUGAGUUGGAAAAUUCAGUAGGCAAUAACUGUAGCAUUGUCACUUGAGUGCAGGUGUAAUGAUGCUUUCAGGUUGUUUCAGGGGUCACUUUAAUUUGGGUGAUGAAUUUAGGCUGACCUGUUCUAUUUGUGUAGCAAUUCCAUCUGUCAUAAAUAGCACAUAACAAAAAGUCAAAACUCUAAUUUGUAUUGCUUUAACUUUCUCAGCAUGCCUUAAAGCUCCUCCAUAGCUGCUUUGCAUACUUAAUUUUGUAGGCCUUAACACUCCCUUUUGUAUGCUAUGAAAUCACAACAGCUUGGAAAGUAUUGGUAUAGAUUGCAACCUCUUGUGUGUAAAGUGGCUUUCCUAUCUUAUGGCUGGCAAUUCCAUGCAUGUUUGCCAAGGCUAGUGGCUUGGGUCCCGUCUCUCUUCCUCUAGAUCCCAAGAGUGCAUGUUGCCUACUUUGACUUUUGAAUUUUAACUGCACUCUGAAUCUCUUCCUCUCUCAAAUCGUGCUUCAGAGGGGCCUGCUUCUCUCUCUGAUAAGGCAGCUGCAGGGAUUCUGAGAUCUGAACCUCCUGGCUUGACCACUUGGGCAGACAGCAGCCGAGAAAUAGACAGCAAGCCCUGUCCCUCAAAUGAGGUGAAAGAGCUGGUGGUUGCUGUAGACAACAAAAGAAUGGAUAGUUUCCGUGGACCAAGUGCAGACUCUGGAAUAGAGGCAACAUCCAUUGGAUCCCCUGGGUCAGAAGGCUCACCAUUUUCUGUUUGCACAGAACCUCAUUCCGAUAGCCCAAUGAUUUCAACUAAUUCUCCUGAACAUACUUAUGCAAGGGGCUCCAGUAUCUGCCUGUCAGAAGAUAAAGCUGAACAAAGCAGACGUAAGGACCAAGAUUUUAUGGGCCAAAACAAGAGAAGCACUACAGGCAGUGAAUCCAGAUUUAUGUUCCUGACUGACCAGAAGCAAGAUAGUGAGCAACCUCUGAUCAAAGGUGUCUGUUCACAUUCUUCCAUGCCAUCUGGUGGGGAGACCCCUAUGGAAAAAGACUCUCCUGAAUCGCCUUUUGAGGUGAUCAUUGACAAAGCAGCUUUUGAUAAGGAGUAUAAGAAUUCAUUAAUCAGCAACUCCAAUGAUCUCAGUAGCAAUUGGGUGAUGCACAGUGAGAGAGAGCUACUUACGGAUAUUCCAGAAGAUAGCAUCUGUGAGUUCCAAGUGAAAACUCGUAGUGGGAGCAGCAUUCCAACAGGACCUGGGCUAUCACGCCAAUCUUCAGGUACAACAGCUGCACUAGAAGAAGUGUCCAAAUGUGUACGUGAGAUGCACAGCUUCACAAAUGAGCUGCUGACUUGGGACUUGAUUCCUAAAGUGGAGAAUUCUGACAAGAUUGCUGAAAUCUCAAACCUAUCUGCAAUGCCCUCCAAAGAGGCUCGCAGUACUCCUAUGCAGCCAACAGGCAGUAGGACAGAAGCAUGCAAAGCACCCAUCCCUCAUCCUGUCACUGUCAGUGUCCAUCAGAAAAACAGAGCAUAUACAGAUUUAGCAGCACCUCAAUUUGAUAAACGUGUUCCUCUGGACCAAGAAGCUGUUAAACUGAAGAUUGCUUCACCUUCUGCAGUUGAACUGAAGGCUGAUGGGAGCUGGUCAAGUCCUGGCCUGGCUGAAAUCACAGAUGCAGACAGUUCUGGCGAAUCUGAUGACACUGUGAUAGAAGACGUGCCAAUAGAUCUGGCCUGUGGAAACAAGAAACUUGUUUUUCACCCCACAGAUAGCAGCAUGGCACCAGUGGAGAAGCUGACCUCAGCUCCUGCUACUGCUGAUGAAACAAGAGACUGGAUAAUUGCAGAUAACGAAGAGACAUGUAACAAGCUGCACAAAUACAGCAGAGAAGGUCACUUGUCCUCUAAGACACCAGAAGACAAACGGGGAUUUGGUGAAGACUUUGAAACUAUACAAACUCACCUGGACAUUGUUGGAAGGAGUCCAGUUGCAGAGAAAAAACCUCCCAAGUCACCCACUCUGGACUUGACGUCUAUAAAUACGCAACAGUCAAGCGACUCUGAUCCAGGGCUUUUUGGGAAACCGCUCAGGGCUGGUAAAAUUUGCAGCAUUUCUCCAGUAAGUGCUCCACUAAAGGAUCUUAGAUAUAUGCCGAACGAGAGAGUCCCCCUCUCUCUGCCCUUGGGUAACUUGGAAGAACAAGAACAUCCAGGUGCCUUAAGUGGGGAGAACUUCGUGGAUUUCAUGCGGGAGUGCUUGAAUUCCCAAGGUAAUGGCUCUCUAGAGGACUUGACAGAAAACUUCUUAGAGGCUGAAACUGCAGCUCUAAAAACCACUCCUCCAGGAAGACCUGUUCCUAAAGAUGAGGCAAAUAGGUCAGAUGUGAAAGUGGAUGGUGAUUAUGCUGUGCAAAAACUCACGGAUGACGAGGGCGACCUCCAGAAACCUUUGUUCUCUAAAAGAUCCCCCACGGUAGCUCAAGACUUUGAGCAGGAGCAGCUAACAAUUAAGGCCCUUAAAGAACUAGGUGGGAAACGGGAUGAGAAGCAGACUCUAAUGCAAAAUCAAACCUCCCUACUAGAAGGUGAAGUAGCAAACCAGGACCAUGACACCUCAGCACCUGCCCAGAAAUCUACUUUGGAGAAGCGACCUCUCUGCAUCCAGCAGCAAACAAAUAUGAAGCUCACCUCUGCCACCACUCACAUUAAUACUGAUGGUGAAAUCCCCAAAGAAGCUGUCUGUGAUAGUGUGACUGGAUCUCGAGUAGAACAUGCCCUAGUGAGGCUACCGACUGGGUUUUCAGUGCACGAUCUGAUCUUCUGGCGAGAUGUGAAAACGACCGGCUUUGUCUUUGGCACGUCACUGAUCAUGCUGCUCUCUCUAGCCGCCUUCAGCGUCAUCAGCGUGGUUUCUUACCUCAUCCUGGCGCUGCUGUCGGUCACCAUCAGCUUUAGAGUCUACAAGUCAGUCAUUCAGGCCGUACAGAAGUCUGAAGAGGGGCAUCCAUUCAAAGCCUACCUGGAUCUCGAUAUCACCCUGUCUUCAGAGGCCUUCCACAAUUAUGUGAAUGCUGCAAUGGUGCAUGUCAACCGAGCUCUGAAACUCAUCAUCCGUCUCUUCCUGGUGGAGGACCUGGUGGAUUCCCUGAAGCUGGCAGUCGUCAUGUGGCUGAUGACUUACGUCGGGGCUGUUUUCAACGGGAUCACCCUCCUCAUUCUUGGGGAAUUGCUGAUUUUUGGUAUUCCAGUUGUCUAUGAGAAAUACAAGACACAGAUUGAUCACUACGUUGGAAUUGCCCGGGACCAGACUAAGUCGAUUAUUACAAAGAUCCAAGCAAAACUUCCAGGAGUGGUGAAGAAAAAACCAGAAUAAGCUGGGGGGUGGGCAGCCCCAGGAUCCAGUCCGUACUAAACUCCAUACGAUAGUUAUAACCAUUGUUACUUGUACCUAUGAAGGAACAUGCUGAGUCAGCUUGAGCCUGCAUUCCAAGUGUUUCUUGUUAUUAUUUGGCAUUUGCUUUUCUAAGCCUAGAACCUUGGGCUCAGAACGUGCACCAGACUAAAGGACACCUGCCGUCAAAGCCAUUAGGGGAGGCCUCAGCACACCUGAAUGAUUGUGAGGGUCUUGUCCCCGGUCGCAGGGAACCGAAUGCUGCUCUGCGCGCUGGCUCCUCCUCGGUUCCCAGCCUCCCGUGAGGGCAGGGUGGCGCUCUGCUCGACUGACCGCUUUCCCGCCUGCCAAGGGGAAUUGCUGCAAGGAGACAACCCUCUCAGCUUCCUGCACUUCCACAGAGCAGCACUCUGCAGUCCCUGUUCCAAAAUACUCUCCCAGCUGGCUCCGUGGGGGUCAGACUCGUACUCAAAGGCGAGGGGUGGGAAGUCCAGGAAACUGCCCCCUCAGCCUUGCUGAUGGAAAGGAGGUGUGAGUACCCCCCUGCGUGACUUCAGUUCUGUGCUUUAGUCUGGUUCAUCCCUCUCCUCUCCAGUUCCUGCAAUGUGCUCCCCUGCCCUUUCCAAGGUUGUACCUUUUAUUUCUUACUAUGAGAUGAACAUGUCUGUAUCUGCUGUACACUGCUCUAUACUUGUGUAGAGGAAAAAUAACAUCCCUCAACUUCCCUCCCUCCCCCGACCUCUGCAUGUGACUCCUCUGCUGUCAGAACCCUUCUCAGCCCCUGGAGGGUGGGUGACCACUGAGAGCUGAACUACUGAGACAGUGCCACAUGCUGCCUUGCCCCUUUGCCAACCUGGCAGCGGGGAGCAAAGGUCCCUUUAAACCCCAGCCAGGUAGAGAAAUGGUACUUAAUACUCUAGUGUGCAGAAUAGCCUUAGAGCAGCAUAUUUGUAUUUUUUGUACAGACUCUUAAUUCGCUGAACUUCCUUUGAAGGCAGCUUUGAGUUUCCUCUGGUUGGAAGUAGUUGGUCUUUAACCAGUCUGCCAUGCCCUGGUGAAAGGUGGCUGUCUGAAGAGGCUUAGACCAAAAGCUCACUUCUGUUGCUUUUUCCAGGGGGAAAGGGGCCCCUGGCUAGCUGGAGUGGAAGGAAAAUACCUGGUGGAUGAAUGAGCUGUUCAGCAUUUGGGGGCAAAGGGGAUUCUCCCCUCCCUCGAGUCAAUUUAGUUUGGCAGGGAGAAAGGAGACUUUGGCUGCUAUGGAGAAUUGCAGGCUCCUCUUUAGCAUAGCAUCUGCUAAUGGAGCAAGGGACUCUGAGCCCUGCGUGGCAGAGUUUAAACAAAAAAUACAACUCUGCUUUUAAACUGAGCCCAGCUGACUCAAAGCCUAGAUGCAGUUAGGCUAUUACAGGGAAUCUGCCUCCAGACCCGAGAAGCCACAUGCUGAAGCCAAAGGAUUUGCAGCUGGCUGGGGGACUGUGCCACCUUCCUCCUCCUGGGCGAAGCGUGGCGGGAUGAAUGCAGGUAGUUCGAAGCCUCUUUGCUCCUGCCCUGGUCUCUUCUCAGCAUUGCAGCACCAAACCACAUUCUCUGCUAUCCCCAGAGGAAACUGCACUGAUCGGCCUGCCCCGACUUCUCCCUCCCCAGGACCUUUUUCUGCACUGGAAGCGUUGGCCCAGUUCUUACAUCUGUUCUGUUACUGCUGUUGUGAGAUGUUGAACAGGUCUUUGUGCCAGGCAAUUUGUUUUUUUUAAAGAGAACAUGUAGACACAAAACCAGAAACAAACUACUAAUGAAGCUCUGUGUGUGUGUGUGUGCGUGUGUGCGUGCAGCAUAAAUUACAGUAGUGUCCCAGGAGCUGAUCAACCCGGUUCCUGUCAAACUGCAACUGAUGUGGUAUUAAUAAAAAGAACACCAUGGACCGGA